AUGGACUACGGCAUGAAAACCCUGAAAUCUCCAAACUUUGGCAUCUGGGGCGGUGGUAGAACAGCUAGUUCAACGACAUCCUUUGCAACUAGUACAUCGCGACCUUCAACUACUACUACUAGCGAGUCCGAACCAUCCACGACAUCGUCUGAUUCCGAGGCCACGACAUCGAUGUCAACAUCGUCUUCGGAAACAUCAGAUCCUUCUCCAACCGAAAGUCCGGAUUCAGCACCGUCUAAUGGUAUCUCUGGGACUGUCCUUGGUGGUGCAAUCGGCGGCUCCAUAGCUGGAACACUUGCGAUAGUUGGCAUCAUUUGGUUCAUGAGAAGGAGUAUGGCACAAUCUCGUGCUAGCCACGGAUCAGACAGACCGAAUGCUUCAAAUCCAAACAAUCAACCACCCGGUUACCAACCUGAUAGCGGUAACCCUAAUCAGCAAUGGCCGUAUCAACAAAUGAACGCCCCGAGCACAACGAGUGUCAAUCAUCUCAAUAACGAAUAUAAGGGAUUUGCACACCCUCCUCCUCCUCCUCCUCCUCCUCCACCACCGCCAACGACCCAUAUGCCCCGCCCAAAUGCUACUACUAUGAAUGAAAUGCCGACCCAAAUGCAUCAAGAGCCGGUGGAGCUUCACUCUAUGCCUCAGAAUAAUACCGCAAUAGAAAUGCCUGGUGAUAUGAGCUGGAGUACGCAGCUCCCAGCUCCAGUUGCCCAAGGACAGCAGCAGCAGCAGCAGCCACAGAGAUACGUAUAUGGUCCUCAGAGCUAUAACCGGUAA